AUGGAGACAUACGUGGAUCUCCUACGCAUAAAUCCUGAAGUCCCCAAGCACGUCGAGUACCUCUUCAUCAACGCCUCAAUGGAGUACACAACCGCUCUCCGCCCUGAAGAAUGCAUCCCUCAAAUGAAAUGGCGUACCUACCUCUCAAAUUCAAGUCCCUAUUCCAAACUGGUCAAACAAAGAGAAACGUGGACGAAAGCGCUGAAACAACGGUAUCCCAAACUCAAAUGGCUGGUCCUCGACGUACCCAUCAGGUGGAGCGCGCUCGCACCAAAUUUCGUACCAGCGUUCUUCCGCCUAUUGACUCGGCCGGAUGGGUUGGAGGGGCUCGUUCUCAACCCUCGGAUGAAGCAUUCGAGUGUGCUACGGCGAUGCAAGAGCCUUCAGUACCUGGUGUACGGGGGCGAAUACGUAGACGGGCCGGCCACCUCCACCCCGGACGCCAAAGCGACGAAGAAGCGACUCAGCGAGCUCCCAACUCUCAAAGUCCUAGACCUGUCGACCUUUGCAACCUCUGGUAUGGCAGGAUGGUUCGAGAGUGUGUCCACCAGGGCGUUCAAUUGUACAAGACUGAAACGAUGCCGUAUCCCUGUUGGCCGCCGUGAAUGCCUACGUACCUACCACAUCGACUUCCUGAGGCUGUCUGGGUCAACUUUGGUGCAUGUCGAGAUCUAUUUCAAGAAGGCCUCAACGACUGCAUCUCGUUCUGCAUGGGAAUUUACCCCUCUCGACUUCACCCACUUUCCAAAGUUGAGAACCCUCGUUAUAUCGGCGCAUUUCAGCGAGGGAGAAGGUAUCCUCGGUUGGCUCUCACAAUCAGUUGCGGCUAGUGGAGGGAAGGUUAUCAGCAAGAUCGAACUAUAUAUCAGGACGGAAAAUGAGGUCCCCUUCAGAGAGGGUCACGUUCCACAAUACGAUGCAGCUGACCCACCACACCUCAUGGAAUAUUGGACCUCAAAGUGGUCCAGAUUGACGGAAUAUAGGCCGGGCUCGUUGCUGGAUGAAGUAGAACUGGCUGCUUUUUUGGACACGCGAAGAACAAUACAUUGCCCGGACUCGUCAAUUAUCCCUCUCGGGUCGUAUGUCCCCGACAUAACACCAGUACAGUAG